UCGACUUGUCCGAGGUGAUGAAAACUUUGAGUGAAAUAAUGGCGUUUUUGAUAUUAUUAACUAAACUCGGGAUUAUUUGGUGUAAACAGCGGUAAAAUACGCAACAAUAUACAUAGCGAUGUGCAGUGCCAGCGAGACCUCACCGUUUUCAGUUUUUUUCUAUUUUCGAACAAAAUUUCCGGUGACGAUAAUUGUUUCGAUCAUUUUUUCGCGCUCUUGAUACCAAUAUGAUAUUGUAAUCAGCAAACAUUAAUUAAGAAUUAAAAUAAUUAAUAAGUAAAACGUUUGACAAGAUAUUAACAUUAAUGGCGGUCGAAUGGAAGAAGUGCAUCAACACGAAGUUCAAUAUUUCCGCCAUGACGAGCAAAGCGAAGUCUAAUUGCGAACUAUAAUCUCAGCAUACAGUCCGUUUCUUCAACAACGUUCGCACAAAAUCACGCGAGGCAUUUUCUCGUUUCUCACCCUCGCCAUGCUCCCCCAGGAGCGAGAAACUUUUCAACUUCGCGUUCAGCCGACUCAUGGAAGCUGCACUACCAAGUUCGCUGCUUGUUGCAUUUUUAAAACGGCCAUGCGAUUGCGCUAUAUACUCUCGGCGGUUACAGAGGGGAUGGAAGCCACCCCCAGGACCCGGGGUUAAGAGAAGAGGAGGUGAAGAACGAUAGUCGCUGGAACUGUCACACGUGGUUUCAUGUUCGGCACUUUGCAUAUGUGCGUUAGUAAUACUUAACGAGUGCUUGCGCGAUUGGUCACUAUUUGCCGACACAUAAAGCUACGACUUCUCUUCUCUGGGUCGUUCAGUGCGUAUAGGAUGAAGAGCGUAGAAUCCGGAUGCACAAAGACAAAGACAACGGAUAUCUUGUCGCGUUUUCCGCCAUCUCCGAUAAACAUGAAGAUGAGCACGCUCAGUCGCGUGAUGGAAAUCGGUCUACAAGCUUGCGGUGUCUGGCCAUAUCUGCCGUCGACCGUUCUCUACCGGCUGUUGUGGGUAGUUACGUUGGGGAUAGUUCAGGUCUUGCAGUAUCAGUACCUGCUGAUACAUUACCACUCCGACAAUUUUGCCGACUUCAUGGAUGGGGUGAGCAGUACCAUGGCGUACACCUUGUUGUUCAUAAAACUCAUCAUUUUGUGGGCCAAUCAGAGGACGUUUGACAAGAUAUUAACGAUGAUGGCGGUCGAUUGGGAGAAGUGCGCCAACACGGAGUUCAGUAUGUUCGCGAUGACGAGCAAAGCGAAGGUGUCGCACUGGCUCGCGAACUGGACGAUCACUCUUUACUCGAUAGCUGUAGUUUUGUAUAGCAGCGAUGUUCUGCUAUACCGCUUGAAUAUCAGCAGAAUCUCCAAUAGCAGCGCACGACCGUUCAUUCUAAAGAUGGAGAUCCCGUUCGACAGUGACAAAAGAUUCGUGUACGAGUCGAUCAUAAUUACACAAUUCUUUCACUUGGUGUCGUGCUCCUGUACGUUUGCGGCGAUCAACGUUUUACUUAUAAUCUUGAUUCUACAUGUCGCUGGUCAAAUCGAUAUACUUUGCGAAUGGUUGGUGGAAAUUUUUCCGUUAGCGAGGAAAUGCGACUUGAAUCUUAUCAUGAUAAGGAAAGUGAUCAAGACGCAUCAGAAAAUCAUCACUUUCUCGGAGCACAUCGAAGACCUGUAUUCAGGUAUCGCGAUGGUAAUAUUCAUAUCGGACACUCUAAUUAUCUGCUGCUUGGGAUUUGUAAUCGUUGCGUCGGUCGGGACACCUGGUGCUUCGAAGAUUAUAAUAAAGACCUUUUUAUUUUAUAUCGUCAUGAACCUGGAGGCAUUUAUAUUCUGUUUCGCCGGAGAAUAUCUAAGCGCUAAGAGCCAAACCGUCGGAGAUGCCGCGUAUGAUUCCCUGUGGUACGAAUCGAAUCCCAAAAACAGUCGGCUGAUGUUGCUUUUAAUAAUGAGGUCGCAGAAUCAACUAACCAUCACAAUCGGGAAGGUCAUGGACUUAUCUUUGGAACGAUUUAGCGGCGUAAGAUCGCUUGUUUUAUGUACAUGGAUUUCUAACGCGCUUAUUAACUCGGUUGAAUAUUUCAUUGAGACAUCGCUUUUUAAUAUCUGGUGCUGUCAAUAUCCGGAUAUCCAAAAGUAUGAUUCAAAUAUCACUCAAACACCGAAAUUUUUCCAGAUAAACAUUCCAAUAACCGGCCGCAGAAAUUUUUCAAUUUAUACCGACAGCAUUGAUCUUAUUAUUAAUUUAUUGACCUAAUUUUCGCACCAUGCACAUGUUGCUUAACUUCUUGUGUUCGACAUGUUUUCUUUUCUUUUAACGUACGUAAAGACCACGAAAAUUACAGUUUUACGCUUCUUACUCACUUGCGUUAUCCUGUCACCUUCUUUUGCUUGCGGCAAUCAGAAAUAAUGCAUCGCGUAAAUAUUAACUCGGCUGCAGAGACUUGCAUCCACUAGCGAAUAUAACAUUGUUGUAGAUCGUGAAGGCUUCAGCUUCCUAUAUAUCGGUUCU